ACGACGAAGAGACUCCCCAAGAUGCAAAGUCCCGGCUUGCCCUCCCCUCACACGCCCAGGACUGCACCACAGACCCCCGUCCCCAGCGCGCACACACGCGAGCGGCCGCGCGGAUGAACUCUCGGGGAGAGUCUCCGUGAUCCACGCCGGACAUGUGAACCCUGCUAUGGAGGCACCCGUGCGGCCAACAUGACUGCGAGCACCGACGAUGUCACCAUCUUGUGGAAAAACGAGUCCGGGACUCCGCGGAUCAACUUCAGCGACGGCUCGGAGGGGAACCGCAGCGCGCCCGGCGGGGUCGCCCCGGGCCGGGCCGUCCCGCUGGGCUUGGUGCUGGCGGCGUUCAUCGCGUUCGCCAUCGCCGGCAACAUCCUGGUCAUCCUCUCGGUGGUGUGCAACCGCCACCUGCGCACGCCCACCAACUACUUCAUCAUCAACCUGGCCAUCGCCGACCUGCUGCUGGGCACCACGGUGCUGCCGGUGUCGGCCACCCUGGAGGUCCUGGACCGCUGGGUGUUCGGGCGGAUCUUCUGCGACAUCUGGGCGGCGCUGGACGUGCUGUGCUGCACGGCGUCCAUCAUGAGCCUGUGCGUCAUCUCCAUCGACCGCUACAUCGGCGUGAGUCACCCGCUGCAGUACCCGGGCAUGGUGACGGAGAAGCGGGCUCUGCUGGCCAUGCUGGGCGUGUGGCUGCUGUCCCUGGUCAUCUCCAUCGGGCCGCUGCUGGGCUGGAAGCAGCCGCCGUCGCCGGACGACACGGUGUGCUUCAUCACCGAGGAGCCCUUUUACGCGCUUUUCUCCUCGCUGGGCUCCUUCUACAUCCCCCUGGUCGUCAUCCUGGCCAUGUACUGCCGGGUCUACGUGGUGGCCAAGCGGACCACCAAGAACCUGGAGGCCGGGGUGAUGCGUGAGAGGAUGGACUCGGGCGAGCUGACCCUGAGGAUCCACAAGGGCUCCCAGGUGCACGACGAGCCCGCCGCGGGCGCUCGAGGCAAGGGCCGCGGGCACCAAGCCAGGAGCUCGCUCACCGUCAAACUGCUCAAGUUCUCCCGGGAAAAGAAGGCGGCCAAAACUUUGGGAGUUGUGGUGGGCAUGUUUACACUUUGUUGGCUGCCCUUCUUCCUCGUCCUGCCCAUAGUGUGGGUGGCACUGGGAGCAGGUGUCUUGCCCAAGGACACAACGGCAGUGACUAGGUUGGCAGAAGCGGGAAUGGAACCUGCAACCCUCAAGUUGCUGGCACACACUCUACCAACCGAGCUAAACCGUUCCACAAGCGGCUCUUUCAAUGUGAACCUGCGGCCGCCUGAGACCCUCUUCAAAGUCUUCUUCUGGCUGGGCUACUUCAACAGCUGCCUCAAUCCCAUUAUCUACCCUUGCUACAACCGCGAGUUUAAGCACGCCUUCAUCCGCAUCCUGCGGUGUCAGUGUCACCAGCGUAAACGCCCCGGGUAUAAUUACCGUUCCUCCACAUUCAGAUCCUCUGGACAUUCCCGCAAAGGUUCCAACGACCACACCCCCGGGGGGUGUUUGAACGGCAGUCAGCGGACUCUGCCCUCGUCCGCCAGUCCGAGCCCUAGCUACCUGAGCUAUGGCCUGCCACCUUGUCCUGAGGGCGAGGCCUUGUCUGCAACGUGGACUGCAACCGCCUUUCCACCCAACAUGUUGCCCGGCAGCCCCACGGACUACAACUGGGAAUGCCUGAUCGCAGAUUCUAAGGAAGGGGAGCUGACUGAUGGCGUUUUUUCUUUCUCUUUUGGGAAGUUCAGGAAGGAAAAGGACAAGUCAGAGGUUGAACAAACGUGCACAGAACCACCUUACAAUGUCUGAGUGCAUCCACUGUAGAUUACGAGUAUUUAUGAAACAUAAAGGUUCUGUGGGUUUCUUUAUAUGUUGGCAACGUUAGGGGCAGAUGGUCACUGAGUAAGGAGAUUUGGUAAAGUUAAUAAAUACUUACAAUUAAACAUCCACAUCUUAUCUGUGACCUGAUAUGUAUUCAUUUCAGUUUCUCUAUCUGUUUAUUGUGAAAAUAAAAUACAACAUGGUGUGUACACAUAUGGCAUGAUGAUACUCACGUCAGUCACGGUAUGCACGAAACACUAUAACUAUGAGAAUGGUCAUUGUGAAUCCAUCCAUCCAUCCAUCUUCUUCCGCUUAGCCGAGGUCGGGUCGCGGGGGCAACAGCCUAAGCAGGGAAACCCAGACUUCCCUCUCCCCAGCCACUUCGUCUAGCUCGUCCCGGGGGAUCCCGAGGCGUUCCCAGGUCUUCCCAACGUGUCCUGGGUCUUCCCCGUGGUCUCCUACCGGUUGGACGUGCCCUAAACUUCCCCUAGAGCAUGGGUGUCAAACUCUGGCCCGCCGUGUAAUUUAAUUUGGCCUUUGAGGCAAUAUCAAAUUAACAUUAGAGCUGCGACUGUAACACCACAUUCACCGUUAAUACUCAUACUUGCCAACCCUCCUGAUUUUCCCGCUAAACUCCCGAAGUUCUGUGCCCCUCCCAAAAAUCUCCCUGGGCAACUAUUCUCCCAAUUUCCACCCGGACACCAAUAUUGGGGGCAUGCUUUCAAGGCACUGCCAUUACCGUCCUCUACAACAUGUCGCCAUGUCCGCUUUUCCUCCACACAGACAACGUGCCGGCCCAGUCACAUAAUAUAUGCGGCUUUGCACACACACACAAGUGAAUGCAAGGCAUACUUGGCCAACAGCCAUACAUGUUACACUGAAGGUGGCCGUAUAAACAACAAUAUGCGGCACACUGUCAAACCACACCAAAACAAGAUUGACAAACACAUUUCGGGAGAACAUCCGCACCGUAACACAACAUAAAUACAACAUAACAAAUACUCAGAACCCCCUGCAGCACUAACUCUUCCGAGACGGUACACUAUACACUCCCCGCUACCUCUUAGACCCCACCUCAACCCCACCUACCUUAUUAUUUUCUUUUCAAAAGUAUUAGCCUGUGGAAAAAGUUAAUUUUGAUAUUUACCUCAGAAGGCUGCAAAUAGAAAAGAGGCAUUCAUUUAUUUAUUUUAUUUAAUAUACCAUUGAUGUUUUUUUUUGUGAAAGUUGAUUUUGCACCAUUAAGUUAUAUAAGCGUUGCUUGUUCUAUAUUCAGUGUUAAAGCAAAUCAGUGUAGCAAACUGAGCAAUAAUUAACGUUUUAUUCAUGCACUUUCUCUUGCUACUUCAAGGCUUGAAUGUUUGAUUCAUUCAUUAUUGUUAUUUUAUUUUCAAAAAAGGUUUAUUUUGAUAUUUACCUCAGAAGACUGCAAAUAGAAAAGAGGCAUUACAUUUUUAUUUAAAUUUUAUUUGAUAUGCCAUUGAUAUUUUUUAUUUAUUCUUAUUAUUAUUUGAAACUCCAUUUUGCAUGUCACUAUAAAGUUAUAUAAGGCUUGCUUGUUCAAUAUUCAAUGCAAAACUUGUUUGGGUCCCUAUUAAA